AAAGGUCACAGAGGUCAUUCAGUGAUUAAGAUCAAGAUGAUGAAGUGUACGUGUCUGCUGCUGAUGGUUGUGCUGUUGAUGGUGGGGACUGUCUGCCUUGUGGAAGGGAAAUCAGGGCUCCAGAUCGGGGUCAAAAAGAGGCCUGAAACCUGUGACAUGAAAAGCACGAAGGGAGACAGGCUGUCCAUGCAUUACACUGGAACGCUGGAAGAUGGAACAGAAUUUGAUAGCAGUGUUUCCAGGAAUAAGCCGUUUGAGUUUACACUAGGAGUAGGCCAAGUUAUCAAAGGUUGGGAUCAAGGACUGCUGAAUAUGUGCAUCGGUGAGAAGAGGAAGCUGAGUAUACCUGCUGAUCUAGGGUAUGGGGAUAGGGGAGCUCCUCCAAAGAUACCAGGUGGAGCUACUCUGAUUUUUGAAGUCGAGUUACUGGACAUUGAAAGGAAAGAAGAACUAUAGAGACUCAGAUCUAUAUAAACUAUAUUCUGUGUGAUUUGUAUUCAAUGAACAUAUAUAGAUGCAUGGGAGAUGCAUAAGGUUUAACAUCAUUAUGCUUUGCAGCAA